CGCGGGGUGCAGGCGAUCGCCGUCGGGGCUCGGGCGGCGGCAGUGGGCGCAGGCUCCCCGGUGCCCGCCCCUCCGCUCCGGGGGGGCACGAGCGGGCGGCCGGGGGGGGGGCCGGCACCGCCGCCGCAAAAUGAGCCUGCUGUCGGCCAUCGACACGAGCGCCGCCUCGGUGUACCAGCCGGCCCAGCUGCUCAACUGGGUCUACCUGUCGCUGCAGGACACGCACCAGGCGAGCGCCUUCGAUGCCUUCCGGCCCGAGCCGCCCGCUGGUGCCGCGCCCCCAGAGCUGGCCUUCGGCAAGGGCCGCCCAGAGCAGCUGGGCUCGCCCCUGCACUCCAGCUAUCUCAACAGCUUCUUCCAGCUGCAGCGCGGAGAGGCGCUGAGCAGCAGCGUGUACAAGAGCGCCUCGCCCUACGGCUCCCUCAACAACAUCGCCGACGGCCUCAGCUCCCUCACCGAGCACUUCUCCGAGCUGACCCUCACCUCUGAGACCCGCAAGCCCAGCAAGCGGCCCCCGCCCAACUACCUGUGCCACCUGUGCUUCAACAAAGGACACUACAUCAAGGACUGCCCCCAGGGCAAGACCAGCAUCUGUUACAGGCCCAGAGGUGGAAGGAAGCAGUGA